UGUCGCAACGUCGUCUUCGUUCUGUUCUGCCUUGUACUGCUGCUUGUAGUUGGCACGCAGUUGGUAACCAUGGCAACGAUGCAUUCACAAGACACGCGACCCGGCUGGUGGAUCUUGGACGCGUUCGAAUUCCCCAACGUGACGGCUGUCAACGGGACGUUGCCGCUCUGUCCGGUACAGCCCCCCAACCUCGUAGGGCCGAUCGAGGUUAAAACGAUACCACCUAGCUGGAAAGAGCUCGAGAAACGCUACCAAAAUCUCGAUCCUGGCGGUAGAUGGCGCCCCAGCGAUUGCACGUCGCGCCACCAUGUGGCCAUCAUCGUACCUUACCGAGAUCGCAAGUCGCAUCUGCGCGUGUUCCUCAACAACCUGCACGAUAUGCUUCAGAAACAGCAGUUGGACUACGGCAUCUACGUCAUAGAGCAGACCGAGGGACCGAAGUUUAACAGGGCGAAACUGUUUAACACAGGCUUCGUCGAGGCACUGAAACGAUACGCAUACUCGUGCUUCAUCUUCCAUGAUGUUGAUGAGAUUCCGGAGAACGAUCACAUUAUCUACUCUUGUUCAGAGAGUCCGCGCCACAUGAAUGUUGCCCGAAGCAAGACUAAUUAUAAGCUGGAGUACGCAGCAAUAUUUCGGAGGAGUGUGCGCUUUUUCCAAGCUAGAUUUUCUCAAGGUCAACGGUUUCUCCAACGAAUUUUGGGGCUGGGGAAGCGAGAGACGAUGAACAUGUACGCGUCAAGGAUGCUGGUGAACUUGUGGACACAGAGUGUGUUGAACGUGACAAUGAUCUCAGGCGACUUUUGCCAAAUCUUGCCAGUCAUCGCCAAAGGAACAAGAGCAGAUGCUGUCAAUGCCUGCAUCAAGUCGUCGUACCUCUGGAGCAAGAAUUUGGCCAUGGAUGACAUCAACUCCAAGCUGCUGGAGCAACUGCCUGGCGACCCAACGAGCUACAAGUUGAUGGACACAGUUCCUGAUCCUGACCAGGUCAUGCACUAUCCGACCGAGUUUCUCAACAGCCUGGCGCCCUCAGGAAAUAAAUAG